UUUGCAAACGCAAAUUGCUGUUGAAAAUUGACAAUUAUUGUUGUUUAAUUAUUUGAUUGUAAUAAUAUUCAGCUUAAAGUUAUCUUUAACUAAAUUAAAAUAUUUAACAAAAGACAAUCUUAAGUCUUAUUUUUAAUGACUAUAAUUUCCAUUUAAAAAUGGUACAAUCACAAUUUUCUCUACAAUGGGAUUCAUACAAAUCCAAUGUUUGUUCUGGGUUUGCUAUCUUGCAGCAGAAUGGAGAACUGGUUGAUAUGACUUUGGCUGCUGAUGGGCAUUUUGUCAAAGUACAUCAAGUUUUAAUAGCUUUAUCGAGUUCUUAUCUGAAACAACUAAUUCUUUCAGCACCAUGUCAACAUCCUGUAAUAUUUCUCAAUAAUGUCUCUCAUACAACACUGUCACUUAUAUUAGAAUAUAUAUAUACAGGAGAGGUUGUAGUACCCUCCGCAAACUUGUCAGCCUUCAUUGAAGCAGCAAAAGCACUUCAUAUCAAGGGUCUAGAGACUGUGACUGAAAGCAGUAAUAACAGUGGAGAUAAAGUUGAACUGGAAGUUGAUGAUGCUAACUUAAGCAGUACUUGCAGUAUCAAGAGAGAAACAAAUGCCUCAAAAAAGAUAUCUUUGCCAGCCAAUGCAAGAAAAAUCUUUGUAAGGCAUGAAAAUAUUUCUAACUUGUCUACAAUGACAAAGAGAUCGUGGAAUGAAUGUAAUGUCACUGAAGAAAUACCAAGUUAUUCAAUUGUGAUGGAUGACCAUAAUAAUGAUUGCGGUGACAUUGUUAAUAAAAGUGGCGUGCAAUUACCAAACAAAAAUGAAAAGCCAAAAGUGACUUCAUCAAACUUACAAUUCACAGUAUCAAUUCGAGGUUCUUUACAAGUUAUAUUAAAUCGUUAUAUAUACAAUCUUCAUUCAACACAAGCCUCGGGAGUUCGACGAUGGCGUUGUAUUGACUAUCGAAACAAGAAGUGUUCCGCAUUUCUUGUCACUAAAGGCAACGUUGUCAUAAAUAGAGCAAACCCACAUAAUCAUUCCUUUCACGAUAAGAAGAUUCUCGAUAAAAUUGAAAAAAAUGCAGUUUAUUUAGCAAUCGAUGAAGCUCAAACUUUUAUAGAUAAUGAGAAAUCUAAAGACCGAAGCGAACCAAUGGAAAGUGAAUUUAUAUCUCUUGAAUUAAACGAGGGCUUGAAUAAUUAUUCCGAAGAAUGUAAAAUUUCGCAAUCCAUUGUUAAAAAUACUUAAACAUUUCAGUGUACUUAUAAUAAAUAUGUUAUUAUAAAUAAAAUAAUUAAUAAAUGCGA